AUGUCUCAAGACACAGCCUUCACUAAAACUUUCAACGGACGAUUGCAGGCUCAGCGUAUCAUGACAGAGUUUACUAAUACAUCCACCACGAAUACCAACAAUCCAAUCUCAGAUACUAUCGAUACAGCGGCGCCAGACGCCGUCACCGUUCCCGACAUGAGAGACAACUUCUCUGAUGAGUUCAAUGAGCUCCGCCAGGCUGCUCUUCAGAAUCUCGACAAUGGCAAUUUCAAUGCAGUCAAGUCCAUUCGAGGUAUGCUUCGAUUCUUCUAUCCGUCAUCUGUAUGCUCACUGAUGUCCCGUAGAUCAUGUAGCCCAAAUUGCAAAGCAGAUGAUGCAGUCAGACGAUGGACUCGACAACCUCUUAUCGAAGCCGCCAGGAAAGAAGUCGACGACCUGCGAACCGCCAUCAAAGACCAACAAAUGGCAAACAGACAGACAUGCCAGCUUCAACAUCAAGUACUAA